UUGCAGUUAUUAUGGACUAAAGAUUUACGAAUGAACACAGUCCAUGUUGAUGAUGUAUCUCGAGCGUUAUGGUAUCUGACUACAAACGGAAAUAAUGGAGAAGUUUACAAUUUGGUCGAUAAUGGCGAAACGAGUAAGUGUUUUAAAUGUAUAGUCGAACCUCCGGUAUGUGACACCCUUGGGACCGAGUCAUGGUGUCCUCUACAGGGCAGGUGUCAGUCCCGGAUCAAAUCGCUCCUAAUGUAAAUUUAACAAAAAUAUACAAUUCAUAGAAAUAAAUUACAUAUGAAAUGAAUUAAAAUAAUUUGUGGAUUAGGUUCGGCGCACGAGAAGAGCGACAUUUGACUUGCUGACGUCGCUCCAGAGUCCCAUAGUCCGACAGGACCUGUCACUCCAACUCUGCCGUCUAAUUCACUCUGCCGAACUUCACGUAUUGAAACGUCGAACUUGUACGUGUGGGACUUAAGAAAGCUAUUAGGUUCGGCGCAUCCAGGUCUCAGAGGUUUUAAUAUAAUUUGGCAUUGCCACAUCUGGAAACCGUACUUAUUCAUAAAAAGGCUACAGCCGAUCAUCUCCUUAUAUACGGAUACCUCGUGUACAAGACACCAUUCUUGGGUCAUGGCGAAACAUCUGUUAUAUCAUGCUUGUGAUGUUACUCUGAGUAUAUAUCCACACCGGGCAAGCUUGAAAAAUAUGCCUGACCACGGUGGGAAUCGAACCUACGACCUUUGGAAUACUAGUCCAAUGCUCUGUCAACUGAACUACGCGGUCUGGUCGUUUCGAGUAUGUGAUAUUUCGGAACAGAAUCUAGUUCCUUCGAUAUCAAUGUUAUCUAAUAAUAAUCAUGAUUUUUCUGUGUUGGUGUAAUGUAAUGGGCUAGUAUUCCAAAGGUCGUAGGUUCGAUUCCCACCGUGGUCUGGCAUAUUUUUCAAGCUUGCCCGGUGAGGAUGUACACUCAGAGUAACAUCACAAGCAUCAUAUUCACCUGAGUACAUUACACCAACACAGAAAAAUCAUGAUCUAUUAUAUCGCCUACAUUUUAUACGAAUUCCCGUAAGCGGCUCAGCACCUCUCAUAAGCGGACGCGGAUGCUGAGACGAAAUUCUCAAGUAGCACUUAAACUUGUAAACGGAUAAUUUGUAUCUUUCUUCCUUUAUACAUAGUUACUAUAUUGUCCUAGUUCAUAGAAGAGUAGGUAAAGUUGAUUACUAAGCAUUAGAAUUGCCAUCCCUUAUUUCUCUUAUUAGCUCAAGGUAUAAUCUCCGAACUUGUUUGCGAGUUAUUGGGAAUUGAACAUGAUUAUCAUGGUACCAUCGUAUCAAACUUUGCUCGUGUAAGUAUGAAGCUCUUGCAGUAUUUCGCCAGAUACAUGUUCCUUGAGAAUCCUAUACAAUGUCCUUGGAUUUGAAAAAUAUCCUCACCGUCCUCACUGGAAGUUCCAGGCAGCUUUAAUUUGAUUUAAGGUUACAGGACACCCUUUUUGGCGUUUUGCGGAAAAUCGCUACUGCGCGCUCAAUAUCAGUCCGAUUUUCAUCAAAUUUUCACCAAAUGUUCUCCAGUGCAUGCAAAAUAUGGUAAAGUUGUAAAAUUAACAAACAAUAAAAUAAUGUAAGAAUUAUUCAGGAAAAUCUUAAAUCGCGGUACCUUUACGCUUUUGAGUUGUGCUCCUGCUGGUUUUAAGUUAUAUUUAUGAAAAUAUCAUUUUUAUACAGUACAAUAGUUGUUCUAAAAAAUUGUGUCCGGAAAUUUUUGUUUAUUUCGUCAUUCCGCUGAUAUGGCGAUUUCUUUGACGACUGCAAUAUAUUUCUGAAUUGUUUGAGUGAAUUGCUCUUUAUUUUUAAAAUAUCCAAAAUUAAAAAAAAGCCGAACACAAUUUUGAAACUGACGUAUUUAGCUAUGUCCUGUGAAAAUUUGAGAAAAAUUGGUUAAAACCCGCAGGAGCAUAACUCGUUUGAAAAUCAGUAAUUACCGUAAAAUGUUUCGUGAGAAAAUUGAAUUUGAAUAUUACAUUUUCAAUGUUUUUCUUAUAGCAGCGAAAUGUAUUUUAUUAAAUAACUCUGCGAGUUUUCAACAUUUUUCGUUCAAACUUGGUCAGAUAGUAGAACUAGUCUAGUGCUUUCAUUGAAACGAAUAAAAAAAUUUUAGGCAAAAUUAACACUCAAAGGUGUUCUGUAACCUUAAGAACGAGAUUUCCAGCUCUACUAGGUUCUGAAUUUUAUGGAAAAAUUCCCUAAAUGUCCCGAGAAAGUCCUUGAAUUUCAUCUUAAUAUUGAAGAGGGAAAAUCCUAUAAUGUAUUUUUGUACUUGUUUUUCAGUUAAAUAUGACCGACAUUGUGGAUGAAUCCAACGAGAAACAUUUAGAACCUUGGUCUGAGGCUUGUCAGCGUGACAAUAUUGAAAAUACGCCUCUAAGUCCAUAUUUGGAUCAGGUAAUGAAGUGAUAAGAAUGACAUUUAGUGGAAAAUAUAAGGGGGUUUGAACCGAAAAUUGAAAAGAUAAUGUUUUUAGGAAUUUUUAAGGUAGGAAUAUGAAUUGUAGAGGUAGGGAUAUUAAAUAUUUAAAGAAAAAUAUUCCUCUUGCGCCCCGAUAAAUGGUUUAUGAUCUUUUGCACUUUGUAGGAAUUGCUUUACGAAAAACAUCUUUCAUUAGAUGGCAGUAAGCUGGAGGAAACGGGUUUUAAGUGUGAGCAUGGGAAACUAACUACUGGUAACUUAAAAGAGGUAAAUUUCACAUUUGUCAUACAUGUACAGUCAGGUUUUCCAAAUUUAAAAUUUAUUUCCUACCAGAGUUACUAUGUUUUAAAACAGAUUGUUUCAAAAGCAAUUUUAUUUGAACUUGAAAGUAGUUAGAUGGUUACGUAAGUAGAUGCAUGGUUGAUUCUGAUGUAACAAUGUCACAAUACAUCAUAUCAUAAAUUGCUUUAUUUAUGAAAUCCUGCAUGUAUGUCAUGUGACCAAUAACACAAAUAAGUCUAUAUACUAUAUAGUGGUUGUUACAGCCUGUACGUUGUCAUACACCCCGUACUGCCUUUCAUGACCAUAGUGUCAGUCAUUUGUCACAGUGCAUAUUGAAGAUUAUAUUUUGGAAAACUAGAAUAACCAUUCCAUACAUAUUUCAAACAUGUAAUAAAAAUCUUAAUGUCAAGUAAAGGUGUUUUUCUCGCCACGUCACAUUUGGUCAACUAUUCCCUCUACCCAAGGCACAUCUUACAUUCGAGAAUCAUCCCCUGGGCCACUCAGAUGUUGCUCAUUUGUUGUUCUUUUUGACCCAAUACAACCCCUGUUACUCUCAGUAACUUGAACAAUAUUAAUUCUCGUGUAUUUCUAAGGUUCUGGAGGAUUACGUGAAGCUUGGUCUGUUUCCGCCCUCUUUGGCACAAACAAAUUAAUCCAGGCAUUCAGAAAAUGACUAAUACAAUUAAAGAAGAAUAUAUUUUUACUUGAAGGAGAAUAAUCAAUGACAAUGCAUGCUUCGAUACAAAACUUGUGGAGUAGUUCUUCCAUGUAGUAGAACGGCAAGAAAAUGCAUCAAGUGUCUCGCCUAUCUAGUCGUCAGUAUUAUCCAUUGGUGCACUAUUACAUCUGCAGUUAAGUAAGGGACUAAGGCUAGAUCUGUUUGAUAUUCUGUUAUAUUACAUGCAUACAUUUGUAGAUGAAAAUAUUUGCUUAACUGUUGAUGGAAUUUUUGUUAUAGAAUUAAGGUCGCCUUGCCUAUAUGAUGUUUUCAUUUGUCUUUUGUACAUGUAAUAGACACAAAACUAGUCGACUCGGGUUUAUAUUUACUUCAAUUCAAAUGCCAUGAUGUAAAAUUUAUAUUGACUGAAAAUUAAAUGAUGAACGAAAGAGU